AUGGUCCCCGUUGCAACUGUGGAACAAGUCGGAUUCAAAAAGCUACUGAAAACUAUGGACCCGAGAUAUGAGCUUCCGAGUCGCAACUACUUUGCACGAGAAGCACUGCCACAAAUGUACACUGACGUCAGGCAGAGCCUUGCUGACCGGCUCGCCAACGUGACGCAUUUUGCGUUGACCAGCGAUAUGUGGUCGAGCAGGACAUGUGAGCCGUACAUGAGCUUGACAGUUCACUUCAUUGAAGACUGGGAGAUAAAAACAGCGUGUCUCCAAACAAGUUAUUUCCCCCAGGAUCACACCGGUGAGCAUAUAGCUGAGGCCAUACAGGAUGCAAUCGCGAGCUGGAAACUCCAAGAAAAGCAUCUGGUUGCUAUAACAACCGACAACGGGAGCAACAUCGUCAGAGCGGUUGAGCUGAAUGGGUGGCUGAGGAUGCAGUGCUUCGGUCACAGAUUACACUUGGCUAUUGGACAUGGCAUGAAUGACAAACGUGUCACCCGGGCCAUUUCUCUGUGCAAGAGAAUUGUAAGCUGUUUUUCGUACAGCUGGAAGAAAAGGAGGCAUCUUGCUGAAGUCCAGAUUCAGCUGGAUCUGCCACGUCACCAACUCAUAACCGAGUCUGCCACACGCUGGGGAUCGAGGCAGCAGAUGAUAGAGAGAGUUCUGGAGCAGGAAGGAGCACUGGCCAAAGUCCUUUCUUGUGACAAAAAGACCAGGCACCUCGUCCCUACCUGGCAGGACUUAGAGGUCCUAGAAGCAGUGCAAAAGGUCCUGAAACCUCUCCAGGACUUUACCGAUGCUUUGUCAGGUGAGGAGUACGUCACUCUAUCAUAUGUGAAACCUGUGCUGCACCUUUUUAACGACAGUCUCCUGGCAUGUGAAGAGGGUGAUAGCAAGCUUUGCAAAUCACUCAAGACCAGCAUUGUUGAGUACCUCAACAGCAAGUAUUCUGAACCAGCCACUACUGACCUAUUGGAGAUGGCUUCAUUUUUGGAUCCACGGUUCAGGGCCACCUACAUCCCAAGUGAAAAAGUCGAUGCAUUGAAGCACAGAGCUGUCUUGGAGGUGGAGACACUACUGGCUGAUCAGAGCAGCUGUCAGCCGCCUUACCUUCGUGUGCCCACUGUGCCUGAGCAUGCAAAUGGAGAAGCAGCAGUAGCACCAAAAGCUAAGAAGACACUGGCAAGCUUCUUCAAGCAGCGCACAGCCACCACCACUGCACCAACCAAGAGGGAGGCUAUUGAAAAUGAACUGUCAAGUUACUUGCAGUCACCAAGUGUGGAGAGUGACACUGAUCCCCUCAAGUGGUGGAAGGAACAUGCACUUGUCUUUCCAGCUCUGAGCCACCUGGCAAAAAAGUAUCUCUUGGUACCAGCUACCAGUUCACCCUCCGAAAGGGUUUUCAGCUGCAGUGGCAAUAUUGUGACCUGCCAAAGAGCAUCUCUGAAGCCGGAUGCUGUUGACAGGCUGGUGUUUCUCGCACAAAAUCUUUGA